GUUCAACAGAAAACCACGUCGUGGCCUUGCCUUUCUGCAGGCCCAGGGGCUCUUAGGUCCAUCACCUGAAGACCUUGCCAAAUUCUUCCAUGAUGAUGACAGACUGGAUAAGACCCAAGUUGGUGAUUUUCUUGGUGAUCCAGAUCCAGUCAACAGAGAGGUUAUGUGUGCCUAUAUCGAUCAAAUGGAUUUUCAUGAGCGUGAUUUUGUUCCUGCCUUAAGAAUGUUUCUUGAAGGUUUCCGGUUACCUGGGGAAGCCCAAAAAAUUGAUAGACUGAUGGAGAAAUUUGCUUCCAGAUAUUGUGAAUGCAAUGCAAAUCUUGGUUUGUUUGCAAGUGCAGACACAGCUUAUGUGUUAGCAUACUCCAUCAUCAUGCUCACCACUGACCUGCAUAGUACACAGGUCAAGCAAAAGAUGACCAAAGAGCAGUAUAUCAAGAUGAACCGUGGCAUCAAUGAUUCCAAGGAUCUACCUGAAGAAUACCUCUCCAGCAUCUAUGAUGAAAUUGCUGGGAAUGAAAUUAAAAUGAAGGCUACAUCCACCAAACUUGGGAAGCAAGCUGUUGCAAAUGAGAAAAAACGAAAGUUGCUUUUCAACCUGGAGAUGGAAACAAUAUCAGGGACAGCCAAAUCACUUAUGGAAGCAGCUUCUCAUGUUGAUGCUACCUUUACCCUUGCGACUCAUGUAGAACACGUCCGCCCGAUGUUUAAGAUGGCGUGGACCCCCUUCCUCGCUGCAUUCUCAGUUGGUUUGCAAGACUGUGAUGAUGCUGAAGUAGCCUCCCUUUGCCUGGAUGGUCUGCGAUGUGCCAUCAGAAUCACCUGCAUAUUCCACAUGACUCUUGAGAGAGAUGCCUUUGUGCAGUGCCUGGCCCGCUUCACACUCCUCACUGCCAACUCUCCACUUACAGAGAUGAAGGCCAAGAAUGUGGACUGUAUCAAGACCCUCAUAACUGUGGCACAUACAGAUGGAAAUUAUUUAGGAAAAUCAUGGUUAGAGAUCUUGAAAUGUAUAAGUCAGCUAGAGCUUGCACAGCUGAUAGGCACAGGAGUCAAGCCACAAUACAUCAAAGAUUCGGGCCUGAAAAUGCCUCAUGAGACCUCAAACUUCCUAGAUGCCUUUCCAGAAUUCAUUACUGGUGAACAGAAGAAACUAGCUCACAUUAAGGAGUCUAUGGGGGAAACCUCAUCCCAGAGUGUUGUAGUAGCAGUUGACAGGAUUUUUACUGGUUCUACAAGACUGGAUGGUGAUGCUGUCGUCCAUUUUGUCAAGGCCUUGUGCCAAGUAUCCCUUGAGGAAUUAGGAGCACCUACACCUCGCAUGUUUUCUCUGCAGAAAAUUGUAGAGAUCAGUUAUUAUAACAUGGGUCGCAUUAGGCUGCAGUGGUCUAGAAUAUGGGAGGUAUUAGGUGAACACUUCAAUAAGGUAGGCUGCAACCCCAAUGAAGACAUAGCUGUGUUUGCUGUGGACUCCUUAAGACAGCUGUCUAUGAAAUUUAUAGAGAAAGGAGAGUUUGCAAACUUCCGUUUCCAGAAGGAAUUUCUGCGGCCUUUUGAACAUAUUAUGAAGAAAAACAGGUCUCCUGUAAUAAAAGACAUGGUGGUGCGAUGCAUCACACAGAUGGUCAAUUCUCAAGCAAAGAAUAUCAAAUCUGGAUGGAAGAACAUAUUCAGUGUUUUUCAUCUGGCAGCCUCAGACCAUGAUGAAAAUAUUGUAGAAAUGGCUUUUGAAACAACAAAAGAAAUUAUUUCUCAGAUAUAUCAGAAGCACUUCAUUACUGUGAUAGACUCUUUCCAAGACUCAGUCAAGUGUCUCAGUGAGUUUGCAUGUAAUGCUGGCUUCCCAGACACUAGCAUGGAGGCCAUUUCCUUAAUUAGAGACUGUGCAAAAUAUGUGGAUGAGAAACCACAGAUGUUUCAAGAACAUAAUUUAGAAGAUGUGACAGUCUGUGCUGAGGAUAGAGUUUGGGUUAGAGGCUGGUUCCCCAUUCUGUUUGAGCUGUCAUGCAUUAUCACAAGAUGCAAACUUGAUGUUAGAACCCGUGCUCUGACAGUGCUGUUCGAG